AUGGGGAAUGAGGUAUUUAAUAGUGUCAUCGGUAUGAAGCUUGGGCUUUUGAAUGCCAUCCUGAAGGCAAGUGCGCAUGCGAGGAAUAGGGGCAAGAGUGGGAGAUUGCAGAGCUGCUGGAACUGGGGGGUUCGGAGCUAUGGGAACAGGGGCAGGCAUAAGCUGAGAAAGGUGUAUGCGAGGGUGUCGGGAAUAAGUUUGGAGCAAUGGCUAGGUUGA